AUGGAAGCACAACCGCUCAUCGCCCGCCCGCUUCGCUUUCGUCGUCGGAUCGAUCUCUGGCGAGUCUGGGACAUAACCUACCCCUUCCUCAUCGCCUUCUAUGUCACCGCCAUCGUUGUUCUUUCCAUAUCCGGCGUUCGCGCGGCGGCUAAAAGACAUGUAUCCGACCCAGGUAAGCUUCCUUGUAACAUAAUUGUCCACCUGCAAGAAGCCUACCAAGCCCUCCAAUGCCACACCCAACAACAAACAGCCACGCUCCUAUCCCUGAGCCCUGCCGGCCUCCUCGGUGCAGACCAAGUCUAUGCCGGGAACAUGAUGCUGGGUUUGGGCAAGCUGCUGGUCGGAACCACGGCCUUGGUUACCUGGUGUGGGUUCUUGGUCAUUGACAAGCGGAAGCAUCCCUUGCAUGCGGGGAAUCUAUUGAACUCGGCUGCAGUCCUGACGCUGGUGUGGCUUGCGUGGGGAGGGCUGGAUAUGGGGCUUUGGGUUGUUGGUGGGGUUUAUGGAGUUCCUGGGUGUUUUGAUGCUUGA